UAUUUAAACUGAGUCGCAAUGCUAGACCAAAGAGAAAGAAGCUCAGCUCGUUAUCUACAACAUGUUUAUUACUUGGGGUACCGUAGCCUCGAUUGUCCUUAUCUUUGCACUUGUAGAUCACGGUAAAGGCCUCCACUGGGGCAAGCCCGCCCCCACGUUACACGUGACCUGCAAGGACCAUGAGGGAGUGAGACACACCUGCAGCACUUACGAGCCUUGCGCCUCCUGCAUUGACUCAUGGAAGCACGUAUAUCAUCGCUGCAGCAAGUGUAACGGGGAUGACUCCAACCACUGGUACGACCCGCAAAAACUACCCAAGCACCUCAAGAACUACAAGAGGGUCUGCUUGAAGAAGAAGGGCUGCUCGGUUUGCCCAGUCUGUCAGCAGAUCAGAGACGGCUUCAAGCACAACCGCUACUUGGGCUGUGACGGCUGCGAGAGUGGUGACGACUAUGUACCUGCUUAAAACUCAUACAAUUUUGUAAAAGUAAUAUUCCUAAUGUAAAAUUAUAUUAUAAUAAACAGUAUUUUUUCGUAUGA